AUGUACUACUUCCUAGCCUUGCUUUCCCUUACAGAUGUUAGUGGGUGCACUUCAUUUGUCCCCAAUAUGUUAUGUAUCUUUUGGCUCAAUCUCAAGGAGAUUGACUUUAAUGCCUGCCUCGUACAGAUGUUUUUCAUCCACAUGCUGACGGGCAUGGAGUCUGGCGUGCUCAUGCUUAUGGCUCUAGAUCGCUAUGUGGCUAUUUGCUACCCACUACGCUAUUCUACCAUCCUCACCAACACCAGAGUUACCAAGCUUGGCCUUGCCACCCUAACUCGCAGUGUGUCGCUCAUGAUACCCUUCACCUUCCUGAUCAAACGUCUUCCCUACUGCAGGGGCAACCUCCUCCUCCACACCUACUGUGAGCAUAUGUCUUUGGCCAAAUUAUCCUGUGGUAACAUCAAGAUUAAUGCUAUCUAUGGUCUCAUAGCUGCCACACUGAUUGGAGUGUUUGAUAUGUUCUGCAUCUCCAUGUCUUACACCAUGAUCAUCCGUGCUGUAUUGAAUCUGCCAUCUGCAAAUGCUCGCCACAAAGCCUUCAGCACCUGCACAUCCCACAUAUGUGCCAUUGUCAUCACCUAUGUCCCAGCCUUCUUCAACUUCUUCACUCACCGCUUUGGGGGACAUGUUAUACCUCACCAUGUCCACAUUUUUAUAGCCAACCUCUACCUGGUGUUGCCUCCCACCUUCAAUCCAAUUAUCUAUGGAGUAAAGACCAAACAGAUCCGUGAAAGGGUGGUCAAAUCAUUUUUUAGGGUAAGAGAUAUUUUGAGUGUGUGA